AUGGAGCCCGCGGCCUUGGCUGCGCACCACCUCCCGCAGCACGAGCCCAUCAGCUUCGGCAUCGACCAGAUCCUGAGCGGCCCCGAACCCUCGGCGGGCCAGAGCCUCGGGGACAGCGCCGCGUUCCCCGGCGGCUUCCACGGGGCCCCGGGCUACGCUGCCGCGGGCUCGCUGGCCGCGGUACCGAGGGGCUCGGGGGGCGGCCCGGGCGGCGUGAUCCGCGUCCCCGCGCACCGCCCGCUGCCCGCGCCGCCCGCGCCUGCAGCCCCCGCGGUGCCCGGGCCCUCGGGCGUGGGGGGCGCCGGCGGCCUGUCGGGGCUCAGCUUCCCCUGGGUGGACGGCGGCCGCCGCUUCGCCAAGGACAGGCUCACGGCCGCGCUCUCGCCCUUCUCCGGGACUCGCCGCAUAGGCCACCCCUACCAGAACCGGACCCCGCCGAAGCGCAAGAAGCCGCGCACCUCCUUCUCGCGCUCGCAGGUGCUGGAGCUGGAGCGCCGCUUCCUGCGCCAGAAGUACCUGGCCUCUGCCGAGCGGGCGGCGCUGGCCAAGGCCCUGCGCAUGACGGACGCGCAGGUCAAGACCUGGUUCCAGAACCGGCGCACCAAGUGGCGGCGCCAGACGGCGGAGGAGCGCGAGGCCGAGCGGCACCGCGCCGGCCGCCUGCUGCUGCACCUGCAGCCCGACGCGCUGCCCCGGCCACUGCGGCCGCCGCUGCCGCCGGACCCGCUCUGCCUGCACAACUCGUCGCUCUUCGCGCUGCAGAAUCUGCAGCCCUGGGCCGAGGACAACAAGGUGGCUUCGGUGUCCGGGCUCGCCUCAGUGGUGUGA